AUGACGACCCAGAGAUUGCAAAUGGUGUUUAUUUUGGCUGUGGUUCUGACAUGUCUUGCUCUGAAUGAUAUCCGAGCGAUGCGAAUAAAACGAGAUGAUCCAGGACAAGAAGACCACAAAAACCAGACAGAUGUAAAUCACGAUGAGCCUCAAGAGCAUGGCCACGAACAUCAAAAUGAUUCCAGUCAUGAAAAACAUGGACAUCACAACUUUUCUGGAAGUCAUGAAAGUUAUAGCAAGGAUCACAGUGAUGAGAACCAUCACCACGAAAAGAAAACUCAGUACUACUGUAAAUGCCAUAGUCAUCACGACAAUGAAACGGAAAGCCAAGAACAUGAACAUGAACAUAAGCAUGCUCAUGAAAAUGACACAGAAACUCAUAGUCACAAAAAUACCCAUGAACAUCUAGGUAAUUAUUCAGAUAGUAGUGAACAUAGUGAUCAGGAAUGCCGAUGCCAUUGUCAUUGUUCGAAACAUAAAGGAAGCCACGCUCACAAGCAGAAGGGAAGUGGUGAACACUGUCACUGUUUCUGCCAUCAUCACGGAGAUGAGAAGCACAAGGGAUCAGAUCAGAUGGAACAACAAGAUAAGGAAGAUCAUGACAAGGAACAUAAAAGUUAG